AAUGCGAGAGAAAGCAAUGGAAACCAAAGCCACGAUGAAAUGGAAUCAAAACCCCAACGACGUCAUGAAACGACCCUCCUCUUCAAAUUCCGAGUCAAUGACUCACCACGAGUUCCCGCACUCACCUUUCCGACUCCACUCUCCUCUCCGAUCCGACCACGGGGACCCCGACAAUAUCUCCAAUUACUUUUCCCUUGAAGCUUCCCCCGUUAAACCCCCCUUCGACAACUCCAAGGCACUCGUUGCCAUCGACAAGUCCACCCAGUUCAACCCCAAUUCUUCUUCUUUUUCACCGCCUCCUCCGAGUACUCCACCGCAACAUUCGUUGCAUUUGACAGUGAACCGCGUCGUGAGGGAGGAGGGGCCGGGGGCGACGACGAGGACCGGGAUAAGUGGUUCAGCUGGAGGAGGAGGAGCGGGAGUGGCGGCGGUACUGAGGAGAUCGAAGGUACAUCAUAGGGUGAUUAUGGCGGCUUUAGGGUUUCGAUUAAGCGAGAUCGUUUUGUGCUUGAUUUCUUUCUCUGUUAUGGCUGCUGAUAAAUCACAAGGCUGGAGUGGUGACUCUUAUGAUCGCUAUAAAGAAUACAGGUACUGUUUAUCAGUAAAUGUGAUUGGGUUUGUAUGUGCGGGGUUUCAAGCCUAUGAUGUAGCUCACUAUCUCAUGACAGAAACGCAUGUCAUUCACCAUCACCUUUUUCUGUCUUUCGCCUUCUUCAUG